UAGAACAAAAUACGUUCCUCACAAUACACACAGGAAAAAUUUGUAUUAAUUAGAGAUGACGACUUAGCACCGCCUUCUAUCUAGAAGGCGGUGCUAAGUAUUAAUUAUUAUAGAUAAUCAGCAGGUAGAACAUAAUAAUACUACUAGCGGACUCGGUCAAGCUUCGCUUUGACUUUUGUGCACUUUUCUUCCAUACCUACCCUACCUCUACGCUACCCAUAUCCUACCCCUACUCUACCCCUACUUUACUCCUCCCCUACUCCUAACCUACACCUACCCUUUAAAUAUCAUAUUCUUAAUUUUACGAAUCGCUCGUAUGAGAGUAUAGAUUUUUUUUAAACUUGUAAAAUUUUUUUCUUCGUAAGAACCUUCCUCGUGCUUCAAGGAGUAGGUAUUGUAAAAAAAAGAAUUAGCAAAAUCGGUUCAGCCGCUCUCGAGAUUUGCGCUUAGGAAAAUUCAAGAUUAUUUUUAUAGAUUAUUAUGAUGUUAUUUUUCGCUUUUUAUUUUAGUCGCUACAUUUUAGAUUUCAUUGUCGGUUGUAUAUAUUUUUUUUAAAUAAAUUAAUUUGACUUAAUUUGCUAAAUGAGUUUAUAUUGUGAAGAUGCUCGUUUCGGUGGUUUCGCUCAGCACUAGGACGCUCGGCGCAGCGCCCUCUGUGUGUGUGCGCACGGAGCGCUGGGCCGCCCGCACUCGCGGUUGCCUCGCGCCGAGUCUCGCGAGACUCUCCACUGUCCUAGUGUGCAGUCAUUCUACCAGGAGCGGAGCGAUGAUAUACUGGGAGUACCGCUCGUCGCGCAGCCAGCUGCCCGUGCAGGCGGAGUGGGGCGGGCCGGAGGAGGCGGCGGGCGCGGCGGGCGCGGCGGGCGCGGCGGGCGCGGCGGGCGCGGCGGGCGCGGCGGGCGCGGGCGGCGCGCGGCCGCCGCGGCUGGUGGCGGCGCUGGCGGCGCUGCACGCGCGCUACGGCGCGCUGCCGUGGGGCGACGCGCUGCGCCCGGCGGCCGAGCUGGCGCGCGUCGGCUACGCGGUGUCGGUGCGGCUGGCCGCGGCGGCGGCGGCGCGCGGCCUGCCCGGCUACCUGCCCGCCGCGCCGCGCGCCGAGCCCGCGCUGGCCGACUACCUGGACUCGCUGCGCCACAACACCAGCAGCGAGCUGUGCGCGGCGUGGAGCUGCUCGCGCGCGGUGCGCUGGGCGGAGCGGGCGGCGGCGCGCGCGGGCGGCUGGCGCGUGUGGGGCGCGGGCGCGGGCGGCGCGGCGGGCGCGGCGGCGCUGCAGGCCGCGCUGGGCGCCAACCUCACCGGCGUGGACGCCGUGCUGCAGAGAGUCACGUUGUGGGUGCGCAGUGUGGUGAGCUCGCUGCAGCGGCAGGCGGCGGGCGCGGCGCGCUGGCCGGGCGGCGUGGCGGCCGGGCUGGCGGUGGUGGACCCGCGCGACACCUACGUGGCGCUCGUCUCAGGCCUGUCGACGGCGUUCGGCUCGGCGGCGAGCGAGGGCGGCGCGUGGGCGCGCGACGAGCCCGACGCGCCGCUGCAGCUGGCGCCCGCCGUGCUGGCGGAGGAGCGCGUGUGCGGCGCGCGCUACGUGCUGGGCGCGGAGUCUGCGGCGGCGCUGGCGCAGGGCGCGGCGGCGCUGCUGCGCGCGGGCGGCGGCGCGGCGGCGGCGGAGCGCGCGCGGCUGCUGGUGGGCGCGGGCGGGCGCGCGCUGCCGGAGCCGACGGCGCCGGACGCGCCGCAGCCGGCCGCGCUCAACUGGGUGCGCCAGAGCGGGGACGCGCUGCUGUCGCACGCCGACAGUCGCGGCGGCGGCGUGGCCUCCCGGUUCUAGUCGACGCUCCCUGCGCGUGUUGAUCGGCCGUCGCUGACUGUUUAUUGUAUUUGAUCUGACGGUAUUAAAUUAUUAAUGGUUUCGUUCAUAA